UGGAAAGUCGGACUUAUUUGGAAAAGAGGGAGUUGCCAGGCGGAAGAGAGCACUUGGCUUAACAUUACAUUAUCCUACUUGAACUUUAAAAUCCGAAGCUCUCACUGUAAAUUUACUGUAUGCAUGUGCAGUAUAGUACAGUAUAACAGUAUAACUAGCCUAUCUAAAAACCGAGCUGACAAGACAAGGAAUUUGUUGAAGGGAAGUUAGCCUAUCAGCAUAAUAGCCAUCCCUCAGGAAAACGCUGGUAGUGCUGUCAUUGCGUCAGCGCACUUUCCACCUCGCAAUUGCUGGGCCUACUUCUGGAGGACUAGAGCGGACAUCACUCGACUUCACAUCCCUCUCUAACACGGUCCGUCUCUACAGCAUAUGUUUGGCUCUCCACCUCUAUCCAGCAUCUGACCUGCAAUUUCUGUGACAGACAGAGGCGUCCUCGGUAUAGCCAGCUGAAGCGUCCCUCCCAGUGUGUUCUUGUGAGGAGGAUGGAGACGAACCCCAUUCCCGUGGUAACGGUCCAAACGAGCCCGUUCGAUGACCAGCGGCCCGGUACCAACGGGCUGCGGCGGAAGACGGAGUUGUUCGAGGGCAAGAAGAACUACCUGCAGAACUACAUCCAGAGUUUACUGUCGUCCAUCGACCUGAGGGACCGCCAGGGAUGUACCAUGGUGGUGGGCAGCGACGGACGCUACUUCAGCCGAGCCGCCACCGAGAUUAUUGUGCAGAUGGCCGCCGCCAACGGGAUUGGCCGUCUGGUGAUUGGCCACAACGGCCUCCUGUCCACCCCUGCUGUGUCCUGCAUCAUCAGGAAGAUAAAGGCCAUUGGUGGAAUCAUUCUGACAGCCAGUCACAACCCAGGAGGCCCCGGGGGAGACUUUGGGGUCAAAUUCAAUGUGGCCAAUGGAGGCCCGUCUCCGGACACAGUGAUGGAGAAGAUUGCCCAGGUGAGCAGGACCCUGGAGGAGUACACCAUCUGUCCUGACCUCCACAUAGAUCUGGCCAGACUGGGACGCCACGACUUUGACCUGGAGAACAAGUUCAAACCCUUCAGAGUUGAGAUAGUGGACUCAGUGGAGGUGUACCUCAACCUGCUGAGAACCAUCUUUGACUUCAGCGCCAUCAAGACCCUUCUGACAGGACCUGAACAGCUGAAGAUACGCGUAGACGCCAUGAAUGGAGUGAUGGGUCCGUAUGUGCGGCGUAUCCUGUGUGAUGAGCUGGGUGCUCCUGCCAACGCUGCCGUCAACUGUGUCCCCCUGGAGGACUUUGGGGGCCGGCCUCCAGAGCCCAGCCUCACAUAUGCAGCCCCAUUGGUCGAUGCCAUGAAGGGUGGAGACUUUGGUUUCGGAGCUGCGCUCGAUGCAGACGGGGACCGGUAUAUGAUCCUGGGUGAGAAUGGUUUCUUUGUGAACCCAUCAGACUCCUUGGCUGUCAUGGCUGCCAACCUCUCCUGCAUCCCCUACUUCAGACAGCUGGGGCUAAAGGGCUUCGCUAGGAGUAUGGCAACCAGUACUGCCCUAGACAGGGUGGCCAAAGCCCUGAAGGUGACGCUGUAUGAGACUCCUACAGGCUGGAGGUUCUUUGGGAACCUGAUGGACUCUGGGAGGUGCUCGCUCUGCGGAGAGGAGAGCUUCGGGACAAGUUCAGACCACAUCCGUGAGAAGGAUGGUCUGUGGUCGGUGCUGGUGUGGCUGUCCAUCAUGGCUGUCAGGAAACAGGGUGUGGAGGAAAUCGUCAAGGACCACUGGGCCAAGCUCGGACGCAACUACUUCUGCAGGUUUGACUAUGAAGGCGUGGACCCCAGAGCUGCAUUCUACCUGAUGAAAGACUUGGAGGGGGUGAUCACAGACAAGGCCUUUCUUACCCAGAAGUUUGCUGUGGGGACUAACGUCUACAGUGUGGAGAGGGCCGAUAACUUUGAGUACAUCGACCCUGUGGACGGAACCGUGGUCCGCAACCAGGGUCUGCGGAUUGUCUUCACAGAUGAGUCCCGUCUGGUCUUCCGUCUGAGUGGGAGUGGGGGAGGGGCCGGGGCCACAGUCCGGAUCUACGCAGAGAGCUUCGAGAGAGACCCCGAGAGACAUAACAGAGAAACUCAGGCGGUGCUGGGUCCCCUCAUCGCCAUCGCCCUGAAGAUCUCUGACAUCCACGAGAGGACAGGACACCGCGGCCCCACCGUCAUCACCUGAGCUCUGCUCCACUGCACACACACACACACACACACACACACACACACACACACACACACACACACACACACACACACACACACACAUACCACCUGAGUGCCCCCCCCACCCCCCACACACACACACACCACCUGAGUGUUCCCCCCACAAACACACACAAACAUCUAUGGCCAAGUCCCUAAGGCCACACCGUCCUGCUUGUUGCCACACCUGGGGCCAAUAGUAAGCAAGAGCUACAUGUAUUCUCUCUCUCUAUCUCUCUCUCUCUCUCUCUCUCUCUCUCUCUCUCUCUCUCUCAAAAUGUAAGAUAUUAUGUAGUCUGCAAAGAAAAGAAGCAAACUGUUUCUUUCAGCUGUUGAUAAACAACAUUUGUUCAUAUAAGGCUUCUGUUAUGAAAGUUGUAUUUUCUGGAUGUGUGUGUGUGUGUGUGUGUGUGUGUGUGUGUGUGUGUGUGCGUGCGUGCGUGCGUGCGUGCGUGCGUGCGUGCGUGCGUGCGUGCGUGCGUGUGAUCAUUAUAAAGUUGACAGACUGAAUUAAAAGGGAGAAGUCCAUUUUUCAUACACCAUACAUGCCCCGAAUACAACAGAUGUAGACCUUACCGUGAAAUGCUUACUUGCAAGCCCUUAACCAACAAUGCAGUUCAAUAAAUAUAUAUAUAUAUUUAAGUAACACAAUAAAAUAACAAUAUCGAGGCUAUAACCAGGGGUACCGGUACAGAGUUAAUGUGCUGGGCUCCAGGUUAGUCGAGGUGGUAUCUGUUACCACCACUUUUUGUUUUUCUGCUCUUCAUUAGACGGCCUGUUUUUGCCAUAGAUGUAUUUCAUUUGUUUUUGUUUUUCAUCCAAAUAAAUGUGUAUCUUUUGUG